UGUGGGGAGGGGGUGUGCGCGCGCGCGUGAGUGUAUGUACAUAUAUGCGCAUAUACACACGUUACGUAGUAUUAUAAAACAGUAUGACAUAUGCAUUAAUUUAUAUUAUUUGACAAGUUUUAGCUUCGUCGAUUAAUUUUGGAAGAGAAAAAAACUACGUAAAUUGCGAAUAUAUAUACAUAUAUAUAAGGAAAUCUUUUGCUUAACAAUUUUGGACAUGUAUUUUUAUGCAUAUAACCUGUAAGAGAGAGGAAAUCGAAGAGAUGUAUCGGAAAAGCGGAGAGAGAAAGGGAUAUUAGCACCACUCUUGUGUUAAGGUGGGCCGUAUUCGGGAUGGUCUUGCAGAAAGUUGGCUGCAAUUUUGUCAAAGGUUUUCGACAUGUACGCAUUAGAACAAGCGAGUCUCGUGGCAACAGGAGCUUCCAACGAUCAUAUACGGCUUUACCACGGCUUACGCCACAAGAGGUUACAAAUGUUUUGCAAGCCAACGAAUAUACCAAAGAAUUUUCUAGUUUGGGUUCCAUAAAAUAUUAUGAUUCUAAUCAAUUAGCAUCCAAUAAUCCCAUAGAAGAUACACGAGCCGAGGCUCAAUGUUUAUUAACUAAAGGUAUAUUAUUGGGAGUUUUCGAUGGUCAUGGCGGUGGUGCCUGUGCACAAGUGGUAUCAAAAAGACUCUUUCGUUAUAUAUCAGCGUGUUUAUUACCACCAAAAUUACUGCAACAAUACUUGAAUUCUAUUGAUUCGACAAAAAAUUAGUUGCUCGAGACCUUCAAUGAUAAAGUAGAAUUUGUAGCCGAGAUUAGAGAUCUUUAUCAGGCGAGCUUUUUAAAUUUCGUAAAGGACUUGGUGAAAUCGGAUAGCAGGAAGGAAUUUCAAAUGGAGAGGGCUUUGGAGGAUGCAUUUCUUAGACUAGAUAAUGACUUAUCGAACGAGGCUUUGUUACAACUGAAUAGAAAGGAUGCAAGAACUCUUGCUGUUGCAAUGUCAGGUACAGUGGCUGUUGUAGCACACAUUGAUGGCCCUCAUCUCCAUGUUGCUGGCGUAGGCGAUAGCAAAGCCGUAUUAGGAGUGCUAUCAGAAACCGACGGAUGGUCGGCUAAGAUAAUGACGGUGGAGCAUAACGCCGAUAAUCGCGCGGAAGUGGAGAGAGUCCUGUCGGAGCAUCCAUCGAACGAGAAGUCGACCGUGAUCAAAAUGGAGAGACUGCUCGGCCAAUUGGCGCCGCUCCGUUCCCUGGGCGACUUCCGUUACAAGUGGAACAAGGAUGUAAUGAAGAAAAUCGUGCCGUUCUUUGGCAAGGCAGCGAUCCCGCCAAACUAUCACACCCCGCCGUACCUGACUGCCAGUCCGGACGUCAAGUAUCACAGACUUACGCCCAGAGACAAGUUCCUCAUAAUAGGCAGCGACGGACUGUGGGAACUGAUCUCGCCGUUGCAGGCCGUACGUCUGGUGGGAGAGCACAUGAGCGGCAAGGUCACCCUCAGCCCACUGAGAUUGCCGAGGAAAAAUAUGAGAUUGUCGGAUAUAAACGAGAUGUUACUACAACGUAAGGAGGGCCUGAAGAAGAAGCCCCUGGACAGUAACGCGGCGACGCAUUUGCUGAGAAACGCUCUGGGCGGUACGGAAUAUGGGACGGAUCACGUGAAACUGUCGCAAUUGUUGACCCUGCCGAGCGAGGUGGUACGAAUAUUUCGCGACGACAUCACAAUCACAAUCGUUUAUAUGGACUCGGAAUUUCUGAGGCACUGUCCUCCCUGAAAGUAUCAAUAUAUAGAAUUUUUUUAAGACAGGAAAUGCGUUACCGCAUCGUCCUGACCGGCUCUUGAGGGAGUUAGCCAGGGUGUGGGGGACUCUCGGUCUUAACCCGAAGGCCAAGACCGCAUACCGCCCUAAAACUUCUAUAGCCCCUGGCCGUUAACGGGAUUGUCUCUAGAAACCAGGAACCGCUCGUGCAUAACUUCUGAUGAAUAUAUAUAAUUGCCAAAUUCCCCAUUUUUUAAAAUUAUAUUAAUUAGUAUACAGAGUUUGUUAUUUAUUCUUAGUUAACAAUAAAAACAAUUUACAUGAAAACACCAGUUUGAAUAUUGGCGAUAUACAUAUGUAUAUAUGUAACACUCUCUCGGUGUAUUACAUGAUACUCAUUAUGCUCUA